GGCCGACAUCCCCACCACCCACGCACCCACAUCGCCGCCGUGGAACUCGACCACUUCCGCAUUGCCUCCGAGUUGUCAUGAGCAGCACCAACACAAACGCCGUCUGGCACACCAUGUACCCGUCCGAGUUUGCCAACGCCACGUCGAACCCGAUCCGAAAGAUCGUAGACAACAUCAAGCUGCCACAAAACCCCGUCAAGCCCAUCAUCCGCCUCUCGUUGGGCGAUCCGACCGUGUUUGGCAACUUGUCGUGCCCGGACGUUCUCACCGACGCGAUUGUCCGCAACGCCAAGUCGCACAACCACAACGGGUACAUCCACUCGGCCGGGACAGAAGCCGCCCGCGCUGCAAUUGCCACACGGUACGGAUCUGCCGAUGCUCCUUUGACCAAGGACGACAUCAUCAUUGCGAGCGGUGGGUCCGGCGCGUUAGAUAUUGCAAUCACGGGCAUGUGCAACCCCGGCGACAACAUUUUGAUUCCGCGCCCGGCGUUUUCGUUGUACCAAGUGAUUGCAGACGCGCACAACAUCCAAGUGCGCUACUACGACUUGCUGCCCGAAAAAAAUUGGGAAGCUGACUUGGUUGGCAUGGCCUCGCAGAUUGAUAGCCGUACGCAGGCCAUCUUGAUCAACAACCCGAGCAAUCCGUGCGGGUCGGUCUUCUCGAAGGAGCACUUGCAAGCCAUCUUGACCGUGGCCGAAUCGCACCGAGUGCCCAUCAUUGCCGAUGAGAUCUACGGCGACAUGACGUACGGCGGCACGACAUUUUUCCCGAUCGCGUCGUUGACCAAGACCGUCCCCGUUGUGUCGGUGAGCGGUCUGGCCAAGCAAUUUUGCGUCCCCGGGUGGCGUGUGGGCUGGAUUGCCGUCCACGACCGCAAUAACAUCCUCCAGGACAUCCGCACAGCGUACUUUAAGCUGUCGACGAUCGUGCUAGGCGCCAACUCGCUUGUCCAAAGCGCGAUUCCCGACAUUUUGACCCCUGCCCCCGGCAGCGCCGACGAAGCGUCGCUCGCCAAAUUCAAACGCGACUACUACUCGACGCUCGAAUCGAACGCGCAAUUCACGCUCGACUCGCUCAAGACGAUUCCAGGCCUCCACGUCGUCGUGCCCCAAGGUGCCAUGUACGUCAUGUGCGGCAUUGACACGGCGUUGCUCGCCGACAUUGCAGACGAUUUCGACUUUACACAAAAGUUGCUGUUGGAAGAAGGCGUGUUUGUCCUUCCCGGCCAGUGCUUUAACAUCCCCAACUUUUUCCGCGUCGUGUUUUCGGCGCCCCAAGACAAGCUCGCCGAAGCGUACGACCGCAUUCGCGUCUUUUGCCAACGCCACUCGACAAAAUAGAUGCCCAUUUUUAUUCUCGUCCACCGCGUUGACAUUUCCUU